UCUGGAACCAUAAUGACAAAUAAAGACUUACAAGGUAUCAAACGUUUUUUACCUAUGAAAAGGAACCCUAAAGAUUUACUGCACACAAAACACACCUUGAUAAUUGCAGAGUAGAGAGAACGAAGCAGUUUUUAUUAUAAACAGGAAAAAAAACGGAAACAUGGUAAAACCAAGGCCGAUAGCAUUGGAAGAGAUCAGUUUGACGGAAGCCAAUGUGCUGGCAGCCGGUGUAAAAUGUUUUUCCGCGUCGCGUCCCUGUUGCUCAUCGUCGCCCUGCUCGGAUGCUCGGCGCAGAACCUCGACCUGCUCGCCGGCAUCACAUCCUCCACAGGACAGCUGCUUGGAGGCAUCACAAAACUACCGUUAGUGAGGCAAAUCACUCAAGUGUCCGGAGAUCUCCUGGCCGAUACUGUCAAUUUGGUAACCACUGUGCCGUUAUCGCUGGUCCGAUCACUUGGCGUCAGCUACGGAUUUCCCACGCUGGUAAGUGAUACCAACUCGGUUGAACUGACGAAUCGCAUCAUCAAUGAAUUCACCGAAGGUCUUUCCAACGAGGAUAUUAAUUUGACCAUAACCGACCUAGUGUCGAAAUAUGGAUACCCUAUAGAGAAACAUAUGGUCGAGACCCAGGACGGAUACUUCUUGACAAUGCACAGAAUACCCAAGGACAACGCCUCCGCGGUGUUCCUUAUGCACGGGCUACUCGGCAGCUCCGACGACUGGGUGGUGUCUGGUCCGGUGAGCGCGCUCGCCUACCUUCUCGCUGAUGAGGGCUACGACGUGUGGAUGGGCAACGCGCGCGGUAACAAGCACUCACGCUUCCACAAUACCUUCGACACGUCCGAGGCUGACUUCUGGGACUUUUCCUGGCACGAGAUCGGCAUCUACGACCUCCCGGCCAUGAUCAACUACGUGCUCCUCGCCACGAAGUCGUCCAGACUGAAGUACAUCGGCCACUCGCAGGGGACCACUGCUUUUUUUGUGAUGGCAUCUGAAAGGCCGGAUUACAACAAUAAGAUAUCAUUGAUGAUCGCCCUGUCCCCGGUGGCUUUCAUGAACCACGUGAAGUCGCCGAUAGUGCGACUGACAGCCCCGGGAGCACCUUUCCUGCACAAUAUAAUGAAGGGACUCGGCCUGUACGAGGUGUUGCCGGACAAUGCGGCCACCAAGCUGCUGCGGCAACUACUGUGCCGCGCCGAACGGUUGGCAGAGAUACUUUGCACCAACUUUGUCUUCCUCACUCUCGGGUUCGACUUCGAGCAACUGAAUGUGACCAAUCUACCGGUGUUGUAUGGGCACAUGCCCUCGGGAGCGUCGGGCAAGCAGUUCGCUCAUUACGCACAGGGCAUAGUUUCGGGUGACUUUCGACAGUUCGACUACGGCGAUAUGGUGAACGCGGUGGUGUACGGCGAGAAGCGGCCGCCGAGCUAUGCGCUGGAAAAUGUGCGCGCCCCCGUAGCCAUGUUCUAUAGCGAGGCGGACUGGCUGGCUGACCCUCGGGACGUCAACCAACUGUACAACAAGUUGACAAAUGUCAUCGACCUGUAUAAAGUGCCGCACGAACAGUUUUCGCAUUUGGAUUUUAUUGUAGCAAAAGACUUUAAAACGUUGAUUUAUUCCAGAAUACGUAAACUGUUGUGGACGUUUCAGAAAUAUGACUUUGAGUAAGUAAAGCGCGGGCUACUAUCUAUUAUUAUUGUAGGGGCUCAUAUUUAUUGUAGCAUUAU